AUGUCAGAACAUAAAGUGGAUGUGACAACGAUAUCAAAAAUGAUACCUCAGAUAUUUGAUCAGAUGAGAAGCCAGACUACAUCGACGAAUUUUGUGAGUACAACUGCAUCUUUAUCUACACAAUCGCUUCUCAAGGAGCAGGAAGAACUGGAUAAGAUAAUUCCUGUAAUACAAAAUCUAAAUGCGAAGAUCAAAGAGUGUAAAGAAGGGGAUAUGGAAAGGAUCAAAGAGACGUGCCGGGCAAUGAACAUUAUUUUGGAUAAGUUUAUCAAUAUACAGUCACAAGCAUCGUAUGUCAAUAAGCUAAUGCGCAAUGAGGAGUACUUGGAUUAUGUGGCGAGUGGUAAAUCGGAAGAAGAGUACCUGCUGGAAAAACAAAAGGAGUUGGAAGAGUUGGAUAAGAAGGUGAAGCAAGCAUCUGCGAUGCAUGCUCCUACAAUGCAGCCCCCAAGUUCAAGUAUACCCAGAGUGUCGGACUCUCGAAGGGUGAAUAAACCUGUGCUGAGAAAUGGCAGAAGCGGUUUGUUUUCUCAAAAUUCUAGACGUGGUGGUAGUGGGCCUAGUGCUACCACUGGUGGUAAUACUGUGAGACGUAAAGUAUCUCGUCCCUAA